AUGCCGCUGUUUGGUAAAUCCCACAAGAGUCCGGCGGACAUCGUCAGGACGCUGAAGGAAAACAUGGCCAUCCUGGUGAAACAGGACAAGAAGACAGACAAGGCGUCUGAGGAGGUGUCCAAGUGUCUGGUGUCCAUGAAGGAGAUCCUGUACGGCAGCAACGACAAGGAGCCUCACACCGAGACGGUGGCCCAGCUGGCCCAGGAGCUGUACAACAGCGGCCUGCUGCUGUCGCUGGUGGAAAACCUGCAGGUCAUCGAGUUCGAGGGGAAGAAGGACGUGUGUCAGAUCUUCAACAACAUCCUGAGGAGGCAGAUUGGGACGCGGAGCCCCACCGUUGAAUAUUUCUGCUCCCACCAAGAGGUCCUCUACGUGCUGCUGAGAGGGUACGAGACUCCGCAGGUCGCGUUGAACUGUGGGAUCAUGCUGAGGGAGUGCAUCCGCCACGAGCCGCUCGCCAAGAUAGUUCUCCAGUCGGAUCAGUUCAACAGCUUCUUCCACUAUGUGGAGAUGUCCACCUUCGACAUCGCCUCCGACGCCUUCGCCACCUUCAAGGAUCUCCUGACGAGACACAAAGUGCUUGUGGCUGAAUACCUUGAACAGCACUACGAUGCCGUGUUUGCAGACUACGAGAAGCUGCUGCACUCUGAGAACUACGUCACCAAGAGGCAGUCUCUAAAGCUCCUGGGCGAGCUGUUGUUGGACAGACAUAACUUCACGGUGAUGACGCGCUACAUCAGCAAGCCUGAGAAUCUCAAGCUGAUGAUGAAUCUGCUACGAGACAAGAGCCCCAACAUCCAGUUUGAGGCCUUCCACGUCUUCAAGGUUUUUGUCGCCAAUCCCAACAAGACGCAGCCCAUCAUCGACAUCCUGCUCAAGAACCAGACCAAGCUGAUCGACUUCCUGAGCAACUUCCAGAAGGACCGCACAGACGACGAGCAGUUCAACGACGAGAAGACCUACCUAAUCAAACAGAUCAGGGAUCUGAAGAAACCGGCCUCCUAGAGGAGCGCGGCUUUUUUAUUUGAUAGGAAGACGUAGAAGAAAACAACACAUUAACAAUAACAGUCAUUCUAUUUUAUUUAAAGACGUUAUUUGUCUUUGGUUCAUUUAAAACUCGUGCAACAGUAGUUCUCAAUCACUGAUCUUUUCUUUUGUACAUUUUUUUUUAAUCGUGAAAUCUCUUUGCCCUUUCAUCUGUAGCAUGUAGCGCCACAACUCAAGGUGUCGGAGGAAGCUGAUUAGCUCUGUUGGGAGAAUCACAGCCACCAGAUCCUCAGUUAGUCGCAGCACGCGUGUUGAUUUUUAACUAUUUAAAUGAAGUAGCUGCAAAUCCAAAAAAAAAACAACAUAUAUGAAGAAUUUCUGCUUCUUUUUUUCGUCUUUUAGUGGGAUCAACAUGUCCGCUUCAACCCGUUUUCAUCACUAGUUCUCUUUGCUGGUGGCUGAUGGUACUUUCUGUAUUAUAUUAAAAAAAUGUUCUUUUUGUUUGUUAAUCAUAUCACUGUUUCCACACUGCUUGAGGGUAAUUAUGUUUUAUAUAUAGUUUCAACAGGAGGCACUUUGCUGUGUGGAGGAGCCGUAAAGAUGGCCGCUCGUGUCUUUGUUUCUUCUCUCUCUGUACUGUGACAAAGUGUUCUGCUCUGAUGUUGGUGUUAGAAAGGAGAAGAGUCAAAGGUGCCUUUUUGGUUUUGGUGUGUUUUCUUCUUUUUGUAUUUGACAGCAUCUCUCCAGGGGGAGCUUAGUUAUUACGUCUGAGAAUAUGCUCUGGAUAAGAACAUAUUUGUUGUGAUUGAGCAGUGAACCUCUUUAACUCGCUAUAUUUGAGUUGUUUGUAACUUAAACUUUUAUAUUUGACUCCGAAAUGAAAAAUCAUAAUUCCAUUUUCCAUUAGGGUUAUAUCAGCUCCCACAGAAGGUUUAUGUUUGAAUCUCUUUAAUUAGGACUCUAAACGGUACAUUUGAAGACUAAUACUCUAACAGGAAGUGUGCAGCUGGGUGACAGUAACAAUUAUAAAACUGUGAACGGACAUUCUGCUUUCGCUUUUCUGGCAUAAAAUAAACAGCAGCUUUUUAUUUGACGCUGUAAGCUGUGACACAUCUUCCCAGUGUCCUCUCUCUGAUAGCAGCCACCUUGUUUUCCACAUUGAUGCUAUUGUACCACAUUCACGACAAAUAAAAGGAUGGGAAUUCA